UUUACUGCCAUAUCCUCCAUUGCAGAGCAGAUUUCCAAGAUUCUUGACUGAGACAUUGCUACAGUUGCUUCUGCGACCAUUAGGCCAAAUCCUGUAAGUUGGUCGUUGAUUUCAGCUUUGCAAUGUCGGGCACAGGGCAGGCGAUGGGCGGAUUAGGCAGGCCGUCGCUGACGGCGACCACCGGGAUCAUGGUCGGGGGGGUGGCCGCAUCCUUCGCGCUCUUCGUCCUUGUUUUCUUCCUCUACCUCCGCGCCAAGCACUACUGGGGCGCCAUCCCGGUCUCCGUCGGCGGCCGUGACCGCUUUGCGGAGCCAGCGGCUGUCCCGCAACGGCGCGGCCUCGAUGCGGCGUCCGUCGCUGCGCUCCCCUCGGUGGUGGUCCGUGCCGGGGACUGCAAGGAGGGCCUGGAGUGCGCGGUCUGCCUCUGCGAGCUGUCGGAGGGGGAGGCCUCCCGGCUGCUGCCCAGGUGCGGCCACGCCUUCCAUCUCCACUGCAUCGAUACGUGGUUCUCCUCCCACUCCACCUGCCCCAUAUGCCGGAGCCCGGCGGUGGUGGACAAGCCCGGAGACUCCGAAUUCGUCUCUGCCCUGGUUCCCGGCGACCUGCAUCCGGAAGAAACCUCACCGGAGAUACCGGCGCAUGUCCUGCGUUGUGCAUCAGAGGAUUCGGAAUCACAAGAAGGGAGUUCGGGUUCUUCUGCGUCUUCUUCAGGGACUCCUCUGGGUGUCCACGCUCCAAAUUCGCCCCUUCCUGCGAGUAUGCUAUCCGAGGAAGACAUAAGGUCGCUGCCGACAGCAACAUUGAGGUCGCUGCGAAGGCUUCUGAUCCCGGGAAGCAGGCCGGGCGGCGCUUCCUGUGGUCCUCGAGGAUGCGAUGUCGAGCAGGGACGUCUUCCCGUUUCAAAAGCUCCGACCAGUUCAUGAAUACAGCAUUCUGCUUCCACUGGGACAGGAGAAGACUUGGCAUUCUAGGUUUCCACUAAAUCUGUACGGGAAACUCCAUGGUUAAGAUAGAACCAUGAGCGCAUGCAUUGAUCUGAGUUGCCGAGUUUGCAAGCAUUCUUUCAUAUCUACUUCUCUUUGUUGCUAUGUUCUGAGUAGUUUCCGGGUGGGAUUGGGAUAAUGGAUAUCUCCUGUUCUCACUCUUCGUGCUUCCUUUUUGUUGUUAGUUCUGAGAUAUUGUAGAUUGGCACCACGAGAGGAUGAAUUCAUCAUCCCCAGAUGCUUCUGAAAUUGAUUUGCCUUUGUUUUCCUUUCUCUUAUUACUGUUAGGUUCGUGUUUCAGCUAAGAUCUGCAACAUCGUCCUUCCAGAUUUCACAUCGAUGGACAAGAUCUCCUCCAAGAUUUUUACUGCCGUCAGCUCAUUAUUUUUCUCUCAGAAUCUGUCUACAGUGAUCGGUGGGUCCGUAUAGUUCUUGAGCUGGAGGACGUCCACAGAAAUGAUAAGCAUCUGCUGUCUCUUGACAGCGAUCUUUCUGGUUUGCAGAGAGCAAGCAUUGCGGUAGAUCACGGUUUCUCGGCCGUGCGAAUGUGUACGGGGAAUUCAUGCUCUUCGGCACCAUGGCAGACCAUUUCGAGUGGAAGUGGACAUCACAGAAAGCACAGACCGUGAAGAGAAAUCUGAAGUGUCUGGUCGAAGCUGCAGAGGGAAACAUGAGGCCAAAUGAUACCUUCCAGACUGGUACCCCACUGACACUAUGAAUUGUCUCACACAGAGGUACAUCACAUGCGUGGACCAUGAUCGGUCUCUACACCUCGCACCGGUAAGAACCUCGAGCACCGAAUCACCUUGAA